GGGGCAAAUGGUGAUGUUACCUCGCACAGUGACAUACACGAUCUACCUAGCUAUCCAUGACUCUACACCGCUCAACAUCUCUUGACCAUCGCCCGUAUCGCCUUCCCAAGGUCGCCGUUCCCGUUCAAAUCGCUCUCUCGUUUGCGAGCGAGGCGCUCCGCAUCUCGCGCGCCAGGAGCGCAAGACUAGGGGACAAGGGGACACACCGCCGUUCUUUCGGACGUCAGACGGAGCCCCGAUGGAGGCACGUUCCGCGAGCUACGGUUGCCGGUUGUUCUUCGCUAGGAUCGCUUGCAAACAGCAAGCAGCUAGAGAUAACGAAACUGCAAUCGCACGCUCGACCCGCGACCCAAUCAGUCGUGUACCGCAUGCUACAAGCUGCACCCACCGAGCAGCAAUCGCAACGAGCAGCAAAUAGCAAUCCCUACCGUCCGUCUCUUUUUGUUUGCAGCGCCGGUACUGUAUCUGAUUACCAAUCUCUUAUCGCCCAUCCCCUCGAUCACCCUUCGAAUAUUCCUGGUGACCCCGCUCUUCCACCCCUCCCCCCUUGCAACUUCUCUGGAUCAUCGUUUAAAAUUUUCUUCGAAUCAGCUGACCUGACGAUCCGCACUCCCACGUCACUUUCACCACCCUUCCUCGACAUGGCCGCAGCGGCAAUGGUCCCCACAAAGAACAGUACACCCCCCACCUCCAUCCUCCCACUCUGUCCCCGACGGUUGAUUGGAUCCGUGUCAGGUCGGGAUCAGACCGGCUUGCGAAGCGGUGCCGAAGCGAGGCUUAUUGCCAUCAAGCUUGCCGACGGAAGGAGACUUCGCCCAGCUACUUACUCAGGUUAUUCCAAGAACAUAGAGCAGAUUAUCCGCUAUAGAGGAAGUGGCUUAGCACGGUUGUCGAAUUUGGAUCAAUCAAUUGAGAUCUUAUGGCUCUCCGGUUCUCCGGCUUUCCAACAGUGCAAGAGAAUAUCCAACAACUUCGCCACCUUGAACUACGAUCCACAGGUUGCCGGAUCUGAUGGGAUAUGGACCUAUCACCAGCUGGAAACCAGUUUCCUUCCCAUGGCGAGAGCCGAUGAAAGGCACUCAUGUUGCAGCAAGUACUAGAUCACCAUGUGUGAAAGGUUCAGGACUACCUUCAAGCAACGGCAGGAGUCGACAAGACAGCACAGACAGCCCAGAUCAUAGAAUCCGUCAAAUCGGAAGGUCAUCGCACUCAUUAUACAACACAUCGG